CGGAGACGCCCACCUAUCUUUGCUGCAACGGUGGCCGAGGGCGGACAAGAGGCUUGCGAGGCGAGGGACGCUUCCACCCGGACGCCAGGCAGCUUUUGGUGUCCGACCCGGCUGUGCGGGGAUGUUGGCGGCGGCGCUGCUGGCUGUGGUGGACAGGAACCAGUGGCGGCGGGUCCCGAUCCUGCUGCUGCAGCCGAGGGAAUGGGCUUGGAAGCAGAGAACCAUGCAGUACGGAACAACCCCAGGAAGAAGCAUUGCCAAGGUCCUCAUUGCAAACAGAGGAGAAAUUGCUUGCAGGGUGAUACGAACAGCCAAAAGAAUGGGCAUACAGUCUGUGGCUGUUUACAGCGAGGCCGACAGGAAUUCCAUGCAUGUAGAUAUGGCAGAUGAAGCAUAUUCCAUCGGCCCUGCUCCAUCUCAGCAGAGCUACCUGGCAAUGGAGAAAAUCAUUCAAGUGGCCAAGAGCUCUGCAGCACAGGCCAUCCAUCCAGGAUAUGGCUUUCUUUCAGAAAACAUGGAAUUUGCUGAACUUUGUAAGCAAGAAGGGAUUAUUUUUAUAGGCCCUCCUUCAUCUGCAAUUAGAGAUAUGGGUAUAAAGAGCACAUCCAAGUCCAUCAUGGCUGCUGCUGGAGUCCCUGUCGUGGAAGGUUACCAUGGCGAGGACCAGUCUGACCAGUGCCUGAAAGAGCAUGCUGGGAAAAUCGGGUACCCUGUUAUGAUCAAAGCUGUCCGUGGUGGAGGAGGAAAAGGCAUGAGGAUCAUUAGAUCUGAAAAAGAAUUCCAAGAGCAGUUAGAAUCAGCUCGGAGAGAAGCUAAGAAGUCUUUCAACGAUGAUGCUAUGUUGAUCGAGAAGUUCGUGGACACCCCAAGGCACGUGGAAGUCCAGGUGUUUGGUGAUCACCAUGGCAAUGCAGUAUACUUGUUUGAAAGAGACUGUAGUGUGCAGAGGCGACAUCAGAAGAUCAUUGAAGAGGCCCCAGCGCCUGGUAUUAAUCCUGAAGUAAGAAGAAAGCUGGGGGAGGCCGCAGUCAGGGCUGCUCAGGCUGUCAAGUAUGUGGGAGCAGGAACUGUGGAAUUCAUCAUGGACUCAGAGCACAAUUUCUAUUUCAUGGAGAUGAACACAAGGCUGCAGGUAGAACAUCCCGUCACUGAAAUGAUCACCGGAACUGACUUGGUGGAGUGGCAGUUCAGGAUUGCAGCAGGAGAGAGGAUUCCCUUGAGCCAGGAAGAAAUUCCUCUGCAGGGCCACGCCUUUGAGGCUAGAAUAUAUGCAGAAGACCCUGACAAUAGCUUUAUGCCAGGGGCUGGACCACUGGUUCACCUCUCUACCCCUCAGGCAGACAUGUCUACGAGGAUUGAAACUGGAGUAAGGCAAGGAGAUGAAGUCUCCGUGCAUUAUGACCCCAUGAUCGCAAAGCUUGUCGUCUGGGCCGCAGAUCGCCCGUCAGCCCUGUCGAAACUGAGGUACAGCCUUCAUCAGUACAACAUUGUCGGCUUGCGCACCAAUGUGGACUUCCUGCUCCGGCUGUCUGGCCACCCAGAGUUCGAAGCUGGAAAUGUGCACACUGACUUCAUCCCUCAGCACCACAAGACACUCCUGCCCACCCACAGCGUCAUAGCCAAAGAGGCUGUAUGCCAGGCAGCUUUGGGGCUCAUCCUCCAAGAGAAAGAGAUGACCAGCGCUUUCAGACUUCACACACAAGAUCAAUUCUCUCCGUUUUCAUUCAGCAGUGGGAGAAGACUGAAUAUCUCUUACACCAGAAACAUGAUUCUGAGAAGUGGUAAAAAUGAUAUAGUCAUAGCUGUGACGUAUAACCAUGAUGGGUCAUAUGACAUGCAGAUUGAAAAUCAGACCUUCCGAGUCCUUGGUGACCUUUGCAGUGAGGGAGGCUGUACCUACCUGAAGUCUUCUGUUGACGGAGUAGCCAGUAAAUCCAAGUUCGUCAUCCUGGACAACACCAUCUACCUGUUUUCCAUGGAAGGAAGUAUUGAAAUUGGCAUUCCAGUACCCAAGUACUUGGCCUCAGCGAGCUCAGAAGGAACUCAGGGCGGUACCAUCGCUCCUAUGACUGGAACCAUUGAAAAGGUGUUUGUGAAAGCUGGAGACAGAGUAAAAGCUGGAGACUCUCUGAUGGUUAUGAUCGCCAUGAAGAUGGAGCAUACCAUAAAAGCUCCAAAGGACGGCAGGAUAAAAAAGGUGUUCUUCAGAGAAGGGGCCCAGGCCAACAGACAUGCACCUUUAGUGGAGUUUGAGGAGGAAUCUGACUAAUUCAAGUUGUAAUGAACUGUGUCCAUCAAAGAAAGCAGCUGCCCAGCAUCUUACCUACCUGGAUACAGCAAGUGCCUCUUGAAUUUCUAGAUCCCAGGAAGAGGAACUUUAUUAAAUAAAUGAUCAUGUGAUUGUAAAACCCUUUCAUACUUACAAAUUAUCUCAAAAGAUUUCAUAGAAAUAAAACUGAGUUUUUUGGUUGUUUU